CUUAUCCCCAAAUCCGUAGAUCUAAACCAAUGGCUAGCUCGAAUUUCCUAUGUAGAACCCUAAUCCGUUCCACCGCCUCCCCGGCCUCGCGCCGCCUCUCAGCCGUCAAGGCGCGGCCCAUCCGGUGCUUCUCCACCCUUCCGAAGAUAAGUACCUCGCGGCCGGAGCUCACGUCGUCGGACGUGGAAGCGAGGGUGGUGGAGAGGAUUGAGGACUACAUCCACAGCAUAAUUGUCCAGAGAUCCAGGCCUGAUUGGCUUCCCUUCGUCCCCGGGGGCUCGUUCUGGGUCCCGCCGCGUCCUAGCUCGUACGGCGUAUCUGACGUCGUGCACAGGCUCGCUAACGCGCCGACGGAGGAGGAGAACCUGUCUACGGUUAGCAUGCAGGGGUGGCCUUCCUCAGAUUUCUAUUUGCCCGAUGAGGAAUCACCUCACAUUGAGUUCAGGACAGCUGAGUUGUCGUCAGCUGAGGCCUCCCAUGAUGAGGAAGGAUGAAGAAUUCGAAUGUAAAUGACAUGUCCUUGUUAAGAUGUUGUGAAAACUGUAACCGACAUGUGUAUCUGCUUUGAGUUGAUAGGAUCUGUACAUAACGAAAUUGGCGGUACUACAAGAGUGUAUUUUAGCAAACUCUUAAGUAUCAUAUAAGUCAUCACGUCAUUUGGUUAAACUAUUGCCUCAUCGUGAUGCUUGGUUGAGUGUUCCAUGUUUUCAGUUGUUUUACAAGUUUAUGGUCUUUUGUUGAAUUUUAUUCACUAGUUCAAUAUGGAUCAUCUUUGUCAUGAAAAGAUGUUUCUCAAGCCUACAUAAUAACGUACAUUUAUACGAGGGCCAAUAGAAAUUAUUUCCAGCAAUUGUAGCCUUGUGGAUGUUACCCGAUCUUUAUCAUCAAUUUAAUGUUUUGAUCAUAAAUAUAUGAA